AUGUCAAAAAGAACCAUCAACCAUAAGAGACGUAGAAAUGUUACGGACGACAGUAUAGAGGUUGGUCAAGAAGAAAAUGCAGCAGAAUUGGAUUCAGACGUUUUUAUGAACAAAACUUUCUUCCUAUAUCGGUGUACACCUUUUUACAAAUUCGAACAUACCGAUUUUACUUUAUAUGGAAAAGAAUUACAUAAUUUCAUCACAGGUCAAAUGUUAAAUAAAAUUCCAUCAUUAGAUUAUGAGAUUAGAGAUGAGAAUGAUUUUAUAUCUGAAGGAAAAGUAGUAGAAAUAUUCAUAUCAAAGAUAAAAUUAUCUGGUUGGAAUGGUACAAAUGGUAUGCCAAUUGGAAUUGAGAUAAAGUUCAAGCCGAAAGGGUCAGCAAAAGAGCAGAUAUUUCACUUAAUGUUCUUACCAAGUAUUGUUAGUCGUGAUUUCAUAAAUAAAAAUUCACCAUUUAGUCAUUAUCCUGUUAUUCUAAUAAAAGCUCCUCAGCGACUCGCGAAUAUUGCAAUCGAAUGGUUCGAAACCCGAUUUGAUUGCAGAAUAUGCAGAUACCGCCUACAGUCAUCCUGUCUAAAAAUAUUUGUAGAAGAGUGGGCAAACAUUAGUUUUACUUGCGAUGACUUUAUUCAAAAUUCAUUGAAUUCACGAUUAAUCGCAAAGCCACUUGAACUCACAUACAUCAUUCCAAAUAUCUCAGAAAUCAAAAAUAUAAAGCUGAGAAUGUCAAUUGAUGAUGUCAAACAUCUUUACGAUAG